AUGCAGCCACAAGUUGGGUUGAAGACGUCCUUGAAGACGCUUCGCAUUGUUCCCGAUGAUGCAGACAUCAUGCGAUUCACUAAGAUAGGAGGCCUUGAAGGAGCCAGGUCGCUAAUAGAGCAGAGAUUGGCCUCCCCCCUUGACGUAAAUGCCAAUUGGAACGUACCUGUCCUUAGUUAUGCUGUUCAAGGAUAUCAUACAGGACUCUGUCGACUUCUUUUAUACGAAGGUGCUGAUCCAUGCGUGGAGAAUCGAUCAAACGUCUCCGCUUUGGAUAGAGCAUGGGAUAUUGUACUGGCACAGAACGCAGAUACUCAAACUGAGGACGAAAUUCGUUCCGUUUUCUCAUUGCAGUAUAACUCAGCUUGGUUUGAAGAGCAGCAGUUCACCACUCUCCAUAAGAUCAUCUUCAACGCAGUCAGGCGGGAUUUGCGAGCAGAAUUACAAUCGUCCACCUCGAUGAUCAACCAGCAGGACUCAGAGGGCCGGACACCAUUGAUUUGGGCUUCAGCAAGAGGCGAUGAAGGAUCAGUACGAAUACUUUUGGAGUUCGGUGCAGAUCCGAAUAUUAGCUGUGCAACGGGAAACUCGCCGCUAUUGCGUAGCGUACGGGCAAAGUCACCCAGAUGCAUCAGACUUCUCCUGGCACAUGGUGCCUAUGUCCUCUGGAAGAGUACCUUAGGGUUUACUGCUCUACACUAUGCAGCAUACUACAAAGACGACGAGGACUAUCUGACGCCGCUUCUGGAUGACGGUUUACCCAUUGACGAAAAAGACAACUACGGAUGGACAGCCCUAGCAGCAACUGCUGAGUAUGACCAUGUAAGCAGUGCCAACGUGCUUCUGCAACGCGGCGCCGACAUCGAGACUCGUGAUAAGAACGGAUGGACCCCUCUGCUAAGGGCUGUUAACUCAAACAGUCAGCGUGUACUGAAAUUGCUACUCGAACAAAAGGCGAAUAAUCACGCGGCCUCUUUCCGUGGUGAGACCAUUCUUCAUUGUGCGGCAGGAAAAGGCGACUAUGAUACUCUGGAAAUACUCUCCGCAGUAACUCUUGAAGACUUGGAUGUCGAUUUGAAGAACGAGAAAGACCAGAGGGCUGAGGACUUGAUGAAGUUUCGAAAUUCUCAAUUUCCGCAGCUUGUUGCAGCUUUCAACAGCUUGAUUGGAGGCUUGAGGCCACAAGCGGUCACUAAACGGGACAACUUUGUAUCGUGA